AUGAGUGCAGCCUUCACAAUGAGUGCAGCCUCUGCAGGGAGUGCAGCCUCCACACGGAGUACACACUUCGCAAAGAGUGCAGUCUUUGCAUGCAGUGCGGCAGUUUACGCAAAGGGUGCAGCCCUCAAACAGAAUGCAGCUUUCACACAGAGUGCAGCCAUCGCAAAGAGUGCAGCCAUCGCAAGGAAUGCAGCCUUCGCAAGGAGUGCAGCCUUCACAAGGAGUGCUGCCUUCACAAGGAGUGCUGCCUUUGCACGUAGUGCAGCAUCCAGUGCUGCCUUCGCAAAGAGUGCUGCCUUCGCAAAGAGUGCUGCCUUCGCAAGGAGUGGUGCCUUCGCAAGGAGUGGUGCCUUCGCAAGGAGUGCUGCCUUCGCACAGAAUGCUGCAUUUGCACAGAGUGCUGCCUUCGCAAGGAGUGGUGUCUAUGCACGGAGUGCUGCCUUUGCACAGAGUGCUGCCUUUGCAAAGAUUACUAUCUUCGCACGGUGUGCUGCCUUUGCACAGAGUGCUGCCUUCGCAAGGAGUGCUGCCUUCGCAAGGAGUGCUGCCUUCGCAAGGAGUGCUGCCUUCGCAAGGAGUGCUGCCUUCGCAAGGAGUGCUGCCUUCGCAAGGAGUGCUGCCUUCGCAAGGAGUGCUGCCUUCGCAAGGAGUGCUGCAUUCGCGCGGAGUGCUGCCUUCGCUAGGAGUGUUGCCUUCGCACGUAGUGCUGCCUUCGCAAGGAGUGCUGCCUUCGCAAGGGGUGGUGCCUAUGCACGGAGUGCUGCCCUUGCACAGAGUGCUGCCUUCGCAAUGAGUGCUGCCUUCGCAAAGAGUGCUGCCUUCGCAAGGAGUGGUGCCUUCGCAAGGAGUGGUGCCUUCGCAAGGAGUGCUGCCUUCGCACAGAAUGCUGCAUUUGCACAGAGUGCUGCCUUCGCAAGGAGUGGUGUCUAUGCACGGAGUGCUGCCUUUGCACAGAGUGCUGCCUUUGCAAAGAUUACUAUCUUCGCACGGUGUGUUGCCUUUGCACAGAGUGCUGCCUUUGCACAGAGUGCUGCCUUUGCACAGAGUGCUGCCUUUGCACAGAUUGCUGCCUUUGCACAGAGUGCUGCCUUUGCACAGAGUGCUGCCUUUGCACAGAGUGCUGCCUUUGCACAGAGUGCUGCCUUCGCAAGGAGUGCUGCCUUCGCAGCGAGUGCUGCCUUUGCACAGAGUGCUGCCUUCGCAAGGAGUGCUGACUUUGCACAGAGGGCUGCCUUCGCAAGGAGUGCUGCCUUUGCACACAGUGCUGCUUUCGCAAGGAGUGCUGCAUUCGCAAGGAGUGCUGCUUUCGCAAGGGGUGCUGCCUUCGCAAGGAGUGCUGCCUUUGCUAGGAGUGCUGCCUUCGCAGGGAGUGCUGCCUUCGCAGGGAGUGCUGCCUUCGCUAGGAGUGCUGCCUUCGCUAGGAGUGGUGCCUUCGCUAGGAGUGGUGCCUUCGCUAGGAGUGGUGCCUUCGCUAGGAGUGGUGCCUUCGCUAGGAGUGCUGCCUUCGCUAGGAGUGCUGCAUUCGCAGGGAGGGCUGCGGUCGCAAGGGGUGGUGCCUUCGCACGGACUGCUGCCUUCGCUAGAAAUGCUGACUUCGCAUGUAGUGCUGCCUUCGCACAGACUGCUGCCUUUGCACAGAGUGAUGCCUUUGCACAGAGUGCUGCCUUCGCAAGGAGUGCUGCCUUCGCAAGGAGUGCUGCCUUCGCACGGAGUGCUGCCUUUGCUAGGAGUGCUGCCUUCACAGGGAGUGCUGCCUUCGCUUGUAUUGCUGCCUCCGCACGGAGUGCUGCUUUCGCUGGGAGUGAUGCCGUCGCAUGUGGUGCUGCCUUCGCAAGGAGUGCUGCCUUGGAACAGUGUGCUGCCUUCGCAAGGAGUGCUGCCUUUGCACAGAGUGCUGCCUUCGCAAGGAGUGCUGCCUUCGCAAGGAGUGCUGCCUUCGCAGGGAGUACUGCCUUUGCAAGGAGUGCUGCAUUCCAAGUAGUGCUGCCUGCAAAAGGAGCGCUGCCUUCACAAGGAGUGCUGCCUUCGCAAGGAGUGCUGCCUUCGCAAGGAGUGUUCCCUUCGCACGGAGUGCAGCCUUCGCACGUAGUGCCGCCUUCCCACGGAGUGCUGCCUUUGCACAGAGAUCUGCAUUCGCAGAGUGUGGUGCCUUCGCAUGAAGUACUGCCUUCGCAAGGUGUGCAGCCUUCGCUAGGAGUGCUGCCUUCAAAAGGAGUGCUGCCUUCGCAAGGAGUACCGCCUUCGAAAGGAGUGCUGCCUUCACAAGGAGUGCUGCCUUCGCUAGGAGUGUUGUCUUCGCAAGGAGGGCUGCCUUCGAGAGGAGGGCUGCCUUCGCAGGGAGUGCUGCCUUCGCAAGGGGUAAUGCAUUUUCAAGUAGUGCUGCCUUCUCAGGGAGUACUGCCUUUGCAACGAGUGCUGCCUCCCAAUGAGUGCUGCCUCCCAAUGAGUGCUGCCUUCGCAAGGAGUGCUGCCUUCGCAAGGAGUGCUGCCUUCGCAAGGAGUGCUGCCUUCGCAAGGAGUGCUGCCUUCGCAAGGAGUGCAGCCUUCGCAAUGAGGGCUGCCUUUGCAGGGAGUGCUGCCUUCGCAAGGGCUGGUGCCUUCGCAAGGUGUGCUGCCUUUGCAAGGAGUGCUGCCUUCGCUAGGAGUGCUGCCCUUCUAAGGAGAGCUGGCUUCGCAAGGAGUGCUGCCAUCGCUAGGAGUGCUGCUUUCGCAAGGAGGGCUGACUUUGCAGGGAGUGCUGCCUUUGCAGGGAGUGCUGCCUUCGCAAGGAGUGCUGCCUUCACAAGGAGUGCUGUUUUCGCAGAGAGUGCUGCAUCCACAAGGACUGCUGCCUUCGCAAGCAGUGCCGCCUUCGCAAGGAGUGCUGCCUUUGCAAGGAGCGCUGCCAUCGCAAGGACUGUUGCCUUCGCUAGGAGUGCUGCCUUCGCAAGGAGGGCUGCCUUCGCAAAGAGGGUUGCCUUCGCAGGGAGUGCUGCCUUCGCAAGGGGUAAUGCCUUCGCAAGUAGUUCUGCUUUCGCAGGGAGUACUGCCUUUGCAAGGAGUGCUGCCUUCCAAGGAGUGCUGCCUUCGCAAGUAGUGCUCCCUUCGCAAAGAGUGCUGCCUUCGCGAGGAGUGCUGCCUUCGCAAGGAGUGCUGCCUUCGCAAUGA